UGCGCUUGUUUCUCCUUCGCCGUCCUUGUUACUGAAAAGUGGUUCAGAUAUGUAAACAGCGACAUACGUGGUAAUUUGUGAUAAUAUUUCCUAUUAUUCUCAAAUGUUUGUGGGUGAAGAGUAUGUAAGGGCUUUUGACCAACCGCAAUGAAAAUGAAAGAAAUGUCUGAAGAUGAUGCAUCAAACGAAGACAUUAUUCCAUAUGCAGUACAAAUAUUCUUGUGGCGACAAACCACCCCAUUUGUUCGGCCGAGGUUUGGAAAAGUCCACGAUGCAGCUUGCAUGUUCUGUCAACGAGCUCCUGGACACCACGAAUUGAAAGAAGCAUGUAAGUCUUUCGAAAAAGUAUUGGUGCAAAACUUGAGGUUUGGUUUGACGAGCAGCUUAACUGAGGCUAUAGAAACGAUUCCACGAUGGCGCCUUAUACAAGCUGCUUUGCCGCAUGUAAUGCAUUCAUUAGCUGCUAUACUUCACAACAGAGUAAAAGACAACAUGCAAUCAUUGGGAAAUGUAGAGACAAAACUGCUAUACACAUUGCAUUGGAUACUACUUGAUGCUUCUGAUGAAUGCGCUGAUAAUGAUUAUGAAAAUGGGAAAUUCUUCACAAACCCAUUUCACUAUCUAUUCUCUAUACCAGCUAUAACUCUAUUUGUUUACCUCUUUGCUCCAAUAUCUCAUCACUUAAAAGAAUCGGACUUUACAACAAACUAUAGAUUAGAGAAUGGGUUGAAAUUAUGGCAAGCUAUGUGGGAAUAUAGACACCCUGAUGCGGCAUGUUUCACCACACUUGUGAAACCUAAGCCUAAGCCCUUUAGUGGGAAAUACUCUAAGAGACCACAGCAUGGUGAUGUGUUUAUGGGACGAAAAUUCUCCAAAGAGGAAGGCAUAGUAAACGGCAGUCCUCCAAGCCAAAACGUAUCAAUAUCCCAAUCAGAUGCACCAUCAAAACAAGCUAGUACUGAGGAAGAGCCCUGGUUGUCCUCUCCCAAGGAUACUAUAUUCCCUGAGACUAUUCCGGAAGAGAGUUCUAGUACAGAGGAGGAACAUGUGUUUAUAUAUCGACUUCCGUCAGAACCAAAUUAUGGAGGGCCAAAUAAAGGCUCAUACACAGUAUAUGCAGCAGAUCCAAGCAUUUUCCAGAUACGAAAGCCAGAUACUCCAAAACCAUCUCUACCAGGAAUUAAACCACUCCCACAGAUUACUAAAAUGAGCUCAUCAGAUAAAGAAUCUUUAACAGACAGUGGUGGAGGUCCUGGCAUAAAAGGAACACCUACAUCUGUUGAGAAAUCUCCACCCCAUAAACAAGCUAAUGUGUCAGCUGCGACAAUUUUAGAUGUUGCAACCAUGAGAUGUUUAUUCGCAUUGCAAUGGCAAGAGGAGGGUGUUUAUUGGGCUCUUCAUUACUUAUACAAUCGAUUAAGAGAUAUAUGCGAUGACGUAUCCAAACAAACACAACCCAGAAAACGCAGUAAUUCUUUGCCUAUCCCCAAAAUUGAAGUCUCUGUCUAUCAGAGUUCCGAUCUCAAGGAAAGAGAAUCGUUAAAGAACUUUAUAGAAGUCCCAGAAACAAAGGAAAUGCCAGUCACAGAAGUACCAUUCGUACAUGGCCCCAAAAUCGACGAAGACAAUGUAAUGAUACGACGAGCGAGUGAAAAAAUAAAACGAAAAAUGAAAAUGUCCGACUUAAAGGCGUUCGUCGAAACGAAAUUGCUUUCCAAAUCUGAAAAAGCUUUGGAAAAAAUUGGCCAAGAUGAACAUAAAUUUAGUUUUCACACUGCAGUAAGAAUGAUAUCUGAGUACCAUAGAUCUCUAGACCAUACUGAAGAUAGGCCAAAUUCCGCUCUGGCUAGUAAUUUCCCUCCUCUUGGUUCAAGAUUGACUGGAGACAUGUUGCAAUGUAAUCUUAUAAAAGGGAAAAGUAUGCCGAGCCUUAGCUGUCUGAUUGACGAGCUAGCCUCUAACGGAUACAUCGGUGAAAUAAAAACUGAAAGGGCUCAGGGAAUACAAACGGCAACCACAUCUAAUAUGCAAAAAAAGAAAAAUCCAAUUAUAACAGUGACUGAACAUACUCCUACACCAUCGCCUGAUUACUUAUCCAAAACAAGACAAGGUUCCAUAGAAUCACAAAUGGAUUCCGUAAGCAUACAAGGUUCGCAACACAUACCAACUCCAGAACGUAAACCAAGCUUAACUAGGUCACAGACAGAUUCCAACAUUACAUACGUAUUAGAGGAAAUACAAGAAGCGCCGGGGUCAAUUAAUUAUAUUACAAAGGAAGGCGAAAUUGACCUACAAAUUGUGUUGAAGGCAGUGUAUUCCGUAUCAACAAUGGAUAGUUACUACAUAACAAUAAGGGUGAUGGAAGUAAUGCUGAAUUUAGUAGACACUCUCAUGGAGAUAGGAGUGCAUAAAAAUUGGCAGAUGGAUAAAACUCAAGACUCUCGGCCAGAAAAUAUUGAUCCUUUGGCUGAUUUCAAUAAAGAAAAGGAAAAUAAGGAAAGAGAAUCAGAGAUACGUUGUACGCAAAGUCAGGAGUCUACAAACGACGGGGAGAGUAAAGACAAGUCAAAAGACGAUGAGAAUUAUGAUUGUCCGUAUUAUAUGAUCAUGCAUAUUAUAUUGAGGCUCCUUCGCCAACUGGGUUGUUCACACGGGUGUACAACAUCCCUCCGCGGCCCUCAAGCGGAAUCCCUUCGUAUACAAGCCCGUAACUCAUUACGUCACUUGAGAUCGUCUUCAGUAAAUAAAUUCACGCAACGACUGAAGGAAAUGACAAAGUUUUCCCCGAUUCGCGAAGUGCUGGACAAUCUGCACGCUACUGUUGGAUUUUGUGCUGAACCAAGUAUGGUCUCGCCCUUAAGUCAACAAAAGCGUAAUACCAACAAAUCACCAGACCUAAACCACUUACAAGCGCAAUACGCUACUAAUUUUGGAGCGACACAAGGCGCCAACAAAACUAUAGAAUCCUUUGUGAUAGAGUCGGUACUAAGAGUUCUUGUGACCAGAUUCGCGCUAAUGAAUAAGGAGCUUAAAAUGUUGGAUAAUUCGGCUUUAUAUUCCGAAGUCAGAUUACUAUUAAGUUACGUGAGAGAAGCGCACGGUCAUGAAUUUCGGCUUGUAGCUUUAAGUGGACUUCUUGAUACCGCUGAGCGACCGGGAGUUCCACAAAAAGAAACUAACAUGCAAACAACUAGAGUUAUUAGGCACGGAUGGCGCGCAUCUGAAGAAGAUAAAGGGGAGGGGGGAGUUACAGGAGAAGCAAGUGGGGGAGAAGAGAAAUCCCAUAAGAAGUUCACGUUUAAGAAACGUAGCACGUCAUCUGCAGGAGCACAUAGUCUCCUGGAAACAGAAGGUGGAGACGAUUCAGCAAGUCAAUCGCCUUUGUCAGUUCGAACGAGACGAUAUCAGCUCACUCCAAGACAAUCUGAACGAACCAUACCUUCCAUUUCCUCAGUGGAUAUUACUCCUCACCAUAAGAUAUCACAUUGCAAGUCCAUACAAUCUAAAUUUCAUAUUAGCGGAAUAAUGAAUUGGUUUCGUCAAAAACCUACAUCUCAGCAUCCGUUGGGCCGAAAUGGCGGCGGUUCCGGUGAAUCUUUACCCAUAUCCGGUAGUAUGGCGUCUCUGGCCAGACCAUAUGCGUCUAAUAUACACGUCACACGACCCGUUCAUAUGAAACGAAGGAUGGGUUUUACUUUGAAUAGAGCAAGAAAAAGGGUAGAGGACAGAUUAAAUAGAUUCGGAUUGCGCAAAAUGGGGAAAAAAAGAGAUGGAAGUAUUGAAGAGACACCAGGUGGAUAUAUGUCUCGUCGCGGAUCAGCUGAAGGUGGUUCAGGGGGUGGUGACUCAGAAGUGGUUGUAUUGAAACGGCGCCGUUUAGUCGCUGCCGCACCACUAUACGCUGGCCUCGCGAGAUUCAGCUUUAUGUUAGAGGCUACACAACCCGGGGCUACACCAGAUGCGUUGUUUAUGGGAGCUUUGUUGGAUCUCCCUCACACAGUAGUAGUGGGCAGAGCGGCAAUUCUUCUCGAGUGUGCGCAAUUGGUUCACAACUGUAACAAGGGACAGUGGCCUUACUGGCUUAAAUCUAAUUUGGGAAAAAAUCCAGUGCCCUCUGGACCUUUGCAAUUGAAACGUCAACGUUUAGCCGGAAAAUUAUUUUAUCAGUGGGCAGAAGCUAUAGGCAAUCGGUUAGAGGAAAUGUUGGAAGAAGAUAAAAAACAUAUAGAUACAGUUGUAAACUUAGUAUCAGAUCCUGAUGGGCAAAGAGAAUUGUUGCAACAGGAUGAAGAGGAAGACUUUCUUGAUGAAGCGAGCAUUCGCCUUCCUGGAAAAACAAUUGGAGCAGAAUGUCCCAGAGCUUUAAGAAUGGUCGCUUGUGUCUUACUUUUUGAAAUCACCGCUUUUCUACGCGAAACGUAUCAAAAUUUGCCCAAGUCUUGUCGAUCUUCGUUAAAGGAAAGAGGCCCUUGGGACCGCGUAUACAGGUGGAUGGUCAAGCGAAGACGUUUGUUGUGUAAUAAUAAGGCUCUUAGCAGUCAACACACAUUAAUGCCAGUCGAGGAGGCAAAUCGUCGAUGGAGUAUGGCUUUAUCAAGCAUGGGACAUUCACAAGCAUCAGCACAAAGCUUGCAAUCGAUUGCGGGUGUAGAGACUGAACGAAAAAUAUCUUUUGUUUUACACGAACCUGAAAAUGUAUCCGGAGGCAGUAACGUUACCUUAGCAGAAGCAAUACCAGGAGCAGUGGAAGAUAAGAAAGGUCGACUCACGUCUCGCGGCAAGGGGGGCAUGCAUCGGCGUAACACGCAACAAACGCACUCGGCGUACGGAUCGUUCAAACGACGAUCUAUUAAGUUGAAACAAAAGGACUCGGAUGAAUUUAUAAAUAAACGAUCAGAUUCGAUACAAAGUCGAAGAAAGGUAUCAUCCUUAUCUGACAGAAGCGAUACUUCAGAAGUAUAUCCUGGUACAGGUGGUACUGUAAUAAUGCCCAAUGAAGUAGACAGUGGUGGGGAGGAAAGUCCGGGAGUAUUAUCUGACGAUCACGAUCAUCCCCCGGACAGCCCGGAUAGCAAUUCCACUGAUUUACCGGAUAAUAACAAAGGUUAUCCAUGGCUUAAGGUAAUGGUAAAAUUCUUAAACUCCUUCAACUAUGUGUGUUGCCACCAAAAUUUCUGCCAUCCGUAUUGUUAUCGCCGAAAUAUGCGGGCAACCGUCCGACUUGUGAAGUCUGUUCGAAAAAUAUAUGGAGAAAAGUUUGGCCCAGAAAUUACUACAACAACAUGUGAAGAAGGUUCUAGUGGAACCAGACGAGGCAGAACUCGACGAAAAACAUCAGAACAUGGUACAGACAGAAUCGACCGUUCAGUCCUAGAGAGUGUGGGCAUAGCAUACAGGGCGGCGGGAGUAGAGCACACAGUACCGAACACUGAAACACCACCAAUUAAUAAACCACCCACCAUUUCUUAUCCUCCAGCUGACCCACCCGCUCUAUUGAAAUAUUUAAAAACACAGGUACGUGACGCCUACCACACACCAUUAGCAAUGCUGGUAAAAGGAGCGACAAUAAUGAGUGAAGACAUCUUCGCUGAAAGUGCGCCAGUCGCUUGGCAGCUCUUAUUGGAAUCAGAUCGGGAAUUGAGUUCAUGUGCAGCUGCUUUAUUCAUAUUGGCAGCUGUAAAGUCUCCUAAUUCUGCGCAACAGAUAAUGCACCAAGAUCUGAAACAUCCUGAACCGUCUGUGAGAAUUAAUGCCAUACUGAGAUUCCAAGUGAUGUGGAAGCUCCGAUACCAAGUCUGGCCUCGAAUGGAAGAAGGGGCAUCAAUGACGUUCAAAGUUCCACCGCCGGGUAUCGAAUUUACUCUACCUUCGCCAAAAAUAGGUAUAGAAUCAUUGGCUGUAGUCGAUCCGCCUUGGAGUCCGCAAGUAAAAGAUAAAGAUAUGGAGAUGACGUUAAAUCAAGAAAGACAUCGAUCUUUAGUAACAGCGACAAAAACGCGUAAGAAACAGCAAACGGAGGCUAUAAAGAAAGCACUCCAGCAGCGAGAUGAUAAGAAGAAAGCGGAAAGAGAGAGCUUUCUUAUCACUACAAUACCUAUUACAAGACAAGCCGCUAGAGAACCCGCUUUGGACCAUGUUGCAGAUGACCAUGUUGAACCGCCAGCCGAUGAAGAAGCAGUGGAAGGUGUUCGUGGGUCUCAUCACACUCAAGUAGCUUCAGCCCUUUUCCCAUCAGUAUUAUGUUCAGCAGUGGCUGAAAUUAUAUCACUAUUGGAUGAUGCUGCUGUUUCUAGAGAUGGGUGUUCGGUUUAUGAAGUCGCUUAUCAGGUCAUAUGGGGUUGUUUGGUAGAAGACUCGGCUCUUUUCCUCCGUCACGUACUAGAGAGACUGACCCGCGAUCACCAAGACGAAAUGUUCAAACUACUGCGACAUCUCAUAAGAUUCAUCCCCCGUUUGCCGCAACAAGCAGCUUUCGCACUGUAUAACUAUAUUAUUGGAUAUGUCAUGUUCUAUGUGAGAACACCUCAUGAGGAUGGACAAAGGUUGAUUGGAGCUGCCUUAUCUAUAUUAUGGAUGGUCGUUCAUAGCGUACACGGUAUCAUGUUUAAGGAUUUAAAGCAAAUAUUACGAAAGGAGCAAUGCGAUGCUUCUAUACUUCUAACUGCAAAUGUUCCAGCAGCGAAGAAAAUUAUCGUCCAUGGUCCUUCUGACAAUGAAGGGAGCAUUCCUUCCCAGUUUCCUGUACAGGAAGACACUCAGUUUUGUCAGAUAUUAAGAGAAUCAUUGGAUUAUUUUGGUAUUGCGGAAAAAAUGCACGAUGAAUACUUCCUGGUCGACUUUAAAACACGUCAAAUCCACAAUCCGCAGAGCUAUGUCCGUGAUCACUACUUUUUCAAACGCUCCCAGUAUCCUCAAUUAGGGCUCGUACACAUGGAACCUGAAGAAGCAUUCAAUAAACUACAGCAACAGGAAUUGUUACAUAAAUUCGUAGAAAUUGGAAAAGUUUUGCUAACAUGGGCUAUCUUGAAAAACGUAGAUAUGGUUGUCCAAAGAGUAGUAUUCUUACACGACGAAUUGAUGAAGUUGCCAUCAUUCCCGCGGAAGGCUCUAGAAGCUGAUUUGGCUCUAUACAGUCGUGGGCAUUUAGGUCCUACCCUUUUAGGUCUAGAUGUGCUACAUAAAUUUAUGUGGGUUCGUCUUAUAGCUCGUAUGUUUGAAGCAAUGGCGGGUAAUUUCACGUCGUCAAGAGAUAUCCAUCUAUUCCUUAACGUACUAAAUGGAGCCUUAAUGCUUCAUAGCGAAGACUCGCUUAUACUGAGAUACGUUAUAGCUACGUAUGUUAAUGCAGCUUUUAAUUUCAAAAACAUUUUCUCAACUAAUGGAUAUCUUCUAAUUAUGCCAACCUUAUUACAAAUCUACUCAAACUUCCAAACAAAUAAGUUAGUUACUACCACAAUUGAAUAUGCUGUGAAACAGUUCUAUUUAUUGAAUAGAAAACCGUUUAUUUUACAAAUGUUCGGCUCUGUGUCCGCCAUUUUGGAUACUGAUGAAGAAGCAGCUUAUGGUGAUGCCAGUAAAGUUCAAUCCAGCUGUCUAUUUAACUUGUUACUAAGUCUGGAAACUCCAUCUCCCGAUCCCUUGCAUAUAGCAGAGCUAAUCAAAGAGGAGAAACCUCUAAAACCUAUUGACUUUUGUUAUCGAGAUGAAGAAGAAAUGGUCAAUGUGUUAGAUUGUAUCAGUCUAUGUGUAAUGGUCGUAUCGUAUUCUGCUGAAAGUAUGAGAGGAUAUCAAAUGCUCAUAAUAUUAGAAGCCAUUUUACCCUGUUACGUAAAACAAAUUCAACUUCCGACGUAUAACAGAGAAGGCAAAACAGAAAAGGAAAUUAUUCAACAAUUGGCCAUAGCAAUUAAGACACUUGUAAACAAUUGUGAAGGUUUAUCCAAAUCAUACAAUGGUCCAUAUAGAACGUCCCCAGAACAUAAAGGCUCUUCUCAACGUGGCUGUCCACGCAGUGCAGCGACUCCAUUCAUGACUCUAGACAUUCUAGAUGACGAGUCCCAUUCUAGAUACGUCAGCGAUCAUUCUAGAUUGCCACCCGUCACAGAUUAUACUGGGGCUGAAGAUAGUGAAUUGGUGCGUGCAGAAUACCGUCGUCCACGUGAUGUGCUAUUAUCUCUUGUGGGUGAAUUCAUUGGGCGUGCUACAACACGCCUGUUAGAAAUUAAUGGAUCUAAAGCUAGUGGCGGUAGUGAGGGCAAGCCUGUCGAGUUGUUAGAUUCUAAAUCACAUGCGCGUUUGGCAGAAAUAGCUCAUUCUCUUCUAAAAGUAUCACCCUACGAUCCCGAGUCAAUGGGAUGUCGUGGUCUCCAAAGGUAUAUGAUGCAAGUAUUGCCAGCUGCCGAUUGGGCUGAUGAUGCACUAAGACCAGCACUAAUUAUGAUACUGAGGAGACUUGAUAAGGUCUUCCUGAAGAUUGCCAAGAAACCCAGUAUACGGAGAAAUACUGACUGGGAUUCUGCGGCGGUUUUACUAAAAGGAGUUUAUGAAACAAUGAUUCGAUGUCCAUACAUCAUGCAUUGGCAACAAAUCAAAACUUUGCUCAAUACUGUUCAGGCAUUAAUAGUUUCCGAAAAUAAUUGUGGUGAAAAUCUAUCGUCAGCAACAGCCGCUUUGAUGUCGCAACCCCCACCUCCCCACUUCUGCAGUACUGUUGUUAGACUGAUUGCUUUGCAAGUUAUAAAUACUGGAGACAGUUAUUCACUAGAGCAAAUGUGCGGUGGAAGCGCAAUAUUCCAGUCAGCUGAGAAAACAGAAAACAUGUUGAUGAACUUAUUCAUGCCACUGUGUUUGCGUGUUGGGAGUGGCAGAAAAGACGUACCACCGCUCCGCCAAUCAGACGUCAGCUACAUAGUGUCCGUAGUGCUAAACGCACUCUGCCCCCCGGCACCGGCUGGACAAUUAGCCGCUGUUAACGCGAAAUUAAAUGCCGCUGAUGCAAGAGUCAACUCGCUUACGUUUACGGGAAGUAGAGACACGAGAAACACGACGAGGUUGUCCAAUCAGCUGUAUAGGAUCGCUUUUCUAGCGCUAAAAGUCCUCUGCGCGUGUUUCACAAGCGAGCUGUGCUGCGAGUGGGGUCGCAUCGCCCGCACGAUGCGCGACCUCGGGCGCCGCAACGAGGCCGCGCACCACCUGUGGGACUUCCUCGAGCACACCGUCACCUACCGCACGCCGCUCUAUGUGCUGCUGCAGCCGUUCAUACUGCAUAAGUUGUCCCAACCACCAAUCGGCGACCACGAGCGUCACAUGCAGUUUGUAGUCCGCGAGCGCGUGCGCGGGCUCAAACUGCCCGCGGCCAGAGCACGUGGGGCUUUACUUGCUGAAUUAGCAAGGGAGUUACGUACUAUGAGGGACACGCAUGACCAUUAUAAGUUCGAACAAAUAGCAGAAAGCAUAGGCCAAAGUGCAGGCAAACGAGCCUCUGAAGCAAUACCUCGGAACGUAGCAGAGAAGCAACAACAACACAGACCGUCACUAAUCUCCAUGUUGGUUGGCAGAGCGGGUUUACCGCGCACUCCUGAUCAUCCCACUGCACCACUUUCUGCUCAAAGGGAGUCUUUAUCAAGUAGCUCAACUACAAGUCAGCAUAUGCCACCAUAUGAGUCAAAUAACAACGGACGUAUGAGUGACAAUGGGAAUAACGUCAGCGUUGGAAGCACUCAAAUGGGGUCUGGAACAAAUGGAGAACAAAAACCAAGUGUCGUACCCGUGCAAUACACUAACGCGCAAAAGUUACGAUUUGGAUCAUCAGUCGAGUUCAAACUUAAUACAGGGUGUUCAUGUUAUUUUACAGGGGAAACAACGCAAUCUCCAUUAUCUCCACUAUCAAUGGGCGAUUCUUGUGGAGAAGAUGUACUGGACGAUGACAGACCAAGAUUGCAAAGGUCUCAUGGUCCUUCCAAAAAGACCUUCAAGUUUCGACGAAGCAGAAAUAGCAAGCCAGAACAGUGUUCGAUCCGGCUAGAAUCCGAUUCCUGUUCGUCCCCGGGAGCAGAUUGCACUCCACUACGUCGCGGCCUCUUACCUCCAGCUACAGACACGUCAUAUGAUAGCGAGAUUUCGCAAACAUCUUCUACUUCUGGAUAUAGAGAGAGCUACAGCCUCCAAGCGUCAAUGUCGGAGUCCCCCGGCGUAGCGCGGUCGGGCGCCGCGACGCCGCGCGCCAGCCCCGACGCAUCUUUAAGCUGCGACUCUGUGACUUCGUCAGCGGAACGCACAGCUCUCCUAGGUGCUACAAGUCAGCACACAUUAGUAUUGAGUGGGGAACUACGAGAUGAAGAUACCCUACUAUAAAUUCACUGUUUAAAAUAUCAAUCUUCUACUCAACAAUUCUACAUAUUUAGGAAGUUUUCAUUGAUCUAAAUAAUAAUCUAGUCAACAAUAAAAAUCUUUGAUCUUAGAAUUAUUCAAGUGAAUGUAGCAAUGAACUGUUUUUAUAGCAUAAUAAUAUUGUUUAAGUUAUUCAAAAUAUUAUAAACCUCAUUGUUAUAAUAUAGCAAUUUUUAUUUUGAUAUAUUUUUAUAUUAAUUUAUUUGUAUAGUAUAUUAUAUUAUUGUUGAGUACAUAUAGUUGUUAGAAUAGUAAAUGUGGAAAACUGAGUCUAUUAAUAACUAGUCAUUUUAUGUAUGAAAUAUGUAUUUGUUAUUUGAAUAUUAAAACAAUUUUGUAGAUUUCUUAA